AUGACCUCUGAGCGCGAGCCCCCAAUCAUCAAGCCUGCCGUCUCACCACCCCAGAACCCUUCUCAUGGCGCAGCCAUCAUAUUCAUGCAUGGUCUGGGUGAUGAUGCUGCUGGGUGGGAAAAUAUAGCCGACCAAUUCCAGGGAGGCAACAAACUCCCGUAUAUGCAAUGGAUAUUCCCAGAGGCGACAGAGAACCGUGACGCCAUGCAAAAGGCCUGGUAUCGGCAAGUCCGCCUGCUUGCGACCGCACCUUCCCGCCCUGAACUCGAGGAAGACGAGGACGAAGACGGCAUGCUUCUGUCCAUGAAGUACAUCGAAAGCUUAAUCGACGGCCUCACCUCGAGAGGUGUUCCACCUAACCGCAUUGUGUUGGCCGGCUUCAGCCAGGGAUGUGCAAUGGCGCUGCUGACAGGCCUCACGUCGCGCAAAUAUGCCGACAAACUCGCUGGCCUCGUGUGUCUUAGCGGCUAUUUUCCCUUGAUCAAUCGCAUGCAGGCGCUCCGGAGCGAAAAUGAUCUGCCGUCUGAGGUCGGCCAUGUGCCGGUGUUUCUGGUUCGCGGACAGAAGGACUUUGCUGUGCCGAGGAGGUUUCUGACCCUAUGUAUCGACAAAUUUAAGGAAUUUGGCUUCAAAGACGACGCAGUAGAGGUGCAUGAAUAUGAGGAUCUGGCUCAUACUGCGAACGCACGGGAGCUGAGAGAUCUUUGCACAUGGCUGGAGAAGGUAGUACCACCGUUAGAGUAA